GUUUAGCAGUGCAGUUGCGGUGCAUUAGUCAUCAGUGCGAGAGCAGGCAUCACAACAAGAAGCUCGGAAGAAGUACAACGUUCUGAUCAAAAUGACUUAAAAGUGGACCUUUGAAGGAAUUGAAAUUAUUAAUUUGAUGACUGAGUUUCUCAUACGCCGCCUCAACUUCAAAGUUCAAGGACAGCAAAACUCUUAAAGUUGAAGAAGGACGAAGUGGGGCCAAAUAUUCAAAUAAAUUUGAAUUGCUCCUGCAACACAGACAGAAUCAGAACUCCAGAAGAAUUAAGAGUAAGACGACCCUGAUCUCGGAUAAAAUCAAACAAAAUGGGUUGCUGCUUUGGAAAAGAUGAUGAUAGCAAACUGCAAGAAAACCACCCUGGUGAAACAACUCGCUUAUUAGACCCAGCAAGGAAUACACCCAGUAGGCCUGUGAACAGUGAUCAGUUUGAUGGUCGGAGCCCUAAUGGGGUAAGAGCAGGCGAUCAACAAUCAGAACUCAAUAAGGUGCUACAAAGAGCUGUCACAAAUGUCAUAGAUGUAUCUGCAAUAGAUUCUCAAGCUUUAGAGCAACAUGAAUACAUGGAUAGAGCAAGGACAUACAGUUCAAGAGUUGCAGUGGUGGUGACAGGUCCCAAGAAACCGCUAUCAAGCUUUUUGAGACUACCCAUGGGGGUAUCCAUGCCAUACUCUGUGCUUUCUGAGGAACCGGUCUCAGUUGAUGACAUCAAUCUGAUUACCAAAACAGCAGCCAAUGCGUGGAAGGCAUCGCAGGACAUACAGGUGAAGCAUAAAGAGAACUUGGUUGUCCAGUUUGGUUUGCCACAGAACUGAGGCGGCUCUUCUCAUCAUUCAAAAGACUCUUAUACAAAUCAUUGAUAUUAAAGAACAUUGAGCUACGAGUGAUGAUUGCUGGUGAUGUUCAAACUGCAAAAUGAGAUGGAUAUAAUGAUGAAAUACUCGCACACCAGAGAUCCUUAUCUUCUACGGCUUGCCUCUUCAUAGUCUACUGAUUGGUUACACGUACAUGAUGAUGAUGAACAUUUGUAUCACGCCAUUUAUCUGUUAAAGAAACAUCAUUAUUAUUCGCCAUAAGGUUUCAGUCACACCAUUGAAACUAGCUCCUGGGUACGGCAAUAUAAAGAUUUGCAAAAAUGAAUAAAACCAUUCCAUUUGGUAUCAGAUGGGUACUCGUAAAGCUGUUUGUAAGUUACGAACGACUAAGAUAGGGUCACCAGUUGUUCAUAAAUUUGCUCGUAAAUAACAAACAACUUUAUGAGACACCCACCUGGUGCCCCUAACACAAAGCUUAGCAAUGAUCGUAGAAUAUUUUUCUACGAUUGAUUUCAUGACUACAAUGUACAAUCAGUCAUGAAAAUCAAGCAUACAUAUGAUCAGUCGCUAACAUUUUUGUUACGGGACCCUGGUCAGUAGUUUGAGUCAAGUGCUCAUGCAAUGAUGGUCUCCAUUGGUCAUUUGCAUUUACUGAUUGAUUGCAAAUCUCUAUGUUACCAAACCCAGACCGUCCAAUGAUAGGUCAUUAACGUAAUAGCUUUUUUAGGUCUGAGGCCCCGCAACAUGAAGGUUUGCGAUGAAUUGCAAAUCUGGAUUCU